AUGAGCACCGCGGAGAACAGUAACGACGCUGUGGCCGCCCCUGCCACCACGGUCCCUGCGGAGACAACGCCUACCAACGGCCAUGAUGCGCCCACAGGGGAGACUUGGAAGGGCACGCCGCUCAGCCAGUUAUUCUCUGAGAACAAGCUGGGAUGGCGCGGCUACGUCGAGUGGGAGGACUACCCUGAUAGGAAGGUCGUCGCGACAGAGAUCCUGAACACCAAGAAGUUCACGCCCAUCCCGGAAUUCCAGUUCGUCCCGCUCCCAGACACGAACCCCGUCCUCGUCGGCCACCGCUGGAAAGAGUACCACGAAGCGCUUGGGCUGAAGAGCAUCGUCGACUUCAGCUGGGAGAUCGUCCUGAAGGAGAAGCCGGGCAUGAUCCACCUGCUCGACUUCCCCUACAACGGCGAGACGCCGCGCAAGGAGCUCGUGGAAGGGAAGCUCACGGACAACUUGUUCCACUUCGUGCGCAACCACGGAGGCGUCCCCGACAUCGACGACGACGCUUUCGAGCUCGAGAUCGGCGGUCUCGUCAACCAACCGGUCAAGCUAUCAUUGAAGGACCUAAAGGACGAGUCAAAGUUCCCUCAACACGAAGUCACCGUGACCUUGCAGUGCAGCGGCACCCGUCGGAUCGAGCAAAUUCGGGAGUACCCGGGCGACGGCGACGAGCUUAUCAACGCGCCAUGGGGGGAAGGUGCUAUCGGUACUGCAGUGUACCGGGGUGUGGCUCUCAAGAAGGUGCUCAAAGUCGCAUGCGGCGGGCUCCUCCCCGAAGCGAGCCACCUUGAGUUCAUCGGCGCAGACACGUACUUCAAGAAGAACAACGUCUACAACUACGCCGUCUCCGUGCCGUGGCGCAAGGUCCGCCAGAGCGAGGAGGUGCUCCUCGCGUGGGAGAUGAACGGCAAGCCGCUCCCCAAGAUCCACGGCGCCCCGCUCCGCGUUGUCGUCACCGGCUACAUCGGCGCGCGCAGCUGCAAGUGGGUGUACAAGAUCAACGCGCUCCGGGAGCCGAGCAUGGGCCCCGUGCAGAGCAUGGAGUACCUCUACUACAACCAACAGAUCGGAAAGCACAACACGAAGAUGUCGAACGGGUUCUCCAUCCAGAACAUGCCGGUCUCGAGCGCGAUCAUCUUCCCCACUGAUAAGACGACAAUCAUCCACGACGGCACCAUCGACCUCCAGGGUUGGUCCUACAGCGGCGGCGGGAACUGGGUCGAGCGCGUCGAAGUCUCACCCGACGGCGGGCACGUGUGGUACGCCGUCGAGCCGGAGAACAUGACGGAGAAGCACUACCACGCGUGGCGCCUCUGGACCAUCACGCUCCCCGUCGACGCCGAGGGCUGGCUCGAGUUCUGCGUCCGCACCUGGGACUCGUCCAACAACACCGAGCCCACCUUCGUCCGCUCGGCGUGGAACUGGGACCUGCACGUCACCUCGUCCUGCCACCGCAUCAAGGUGUUCAGCGUCAAUCGGUCCAAGCCCGCGACCGCCCGGCGGCUGAAGGAGUUCGAGGCGCGGGGCGAGAGCUUCGAGCCUCUGACGAAGCCGAUCGAGUGGCAGCUUGAGGACACGGAGGUGUAUCUCGAGCGGAUGAGGAGGUUCCCUCGCGAGCCGCUGAACUAA